AUGGCCGAGGACGACAAGACGACGUCGGCUUGGUACAAGGUGCCGACUUGGGACGGCAGCCCGGUGACUUGGCGGGCCUUUAGCCGUGAGAUGCAGUGGUGGCUUUCUUCGCUAGACCUGGAAAGCACUAAGAAGUACAAUCUGGCAGCGAGAUGGCUCUUGAGGCAGAGCGGUGUGGUUCGCCAGAGGGGCGAAGAGUUUGCGCCCGAAGACCUUCGAUAUCAGCCGGAAGUUAAGGCGAAAGACCCCGAGGGGGUCGAGAUCGUGGUGGUGAAGGAGGACCUGCUGGCGGGCCUGAACAAGCUGCUGAAGGCCCUUGAGGAGAUGAAUGGCACGAGUGCUUUGGACAAGAAAGGUGAGCUGCGGAAGCUCUUCUACACCGACCUUAUGAGAAAGCCAGGGGAACGGCCAGCGGACUUUAUGUCGAGGUUUCGCUUCCUGGCUGCUGAGCUUAAGAGCGAGGGGAUCGCUCUUCCCAGCUCUGAACUGGGGUGUGAGAUUCGCCUGGGUGUAUCCAACAUGUUGGCCGACUCGCCUCGCCUCUCAGCUGGCCCAACACGAGCCCGGUCUGCUUGGAGUUUUCACCAGCACUACGAAGAACGUGCACAGACACAUACGACACUUUACUUUGCAUGCUUGCGGCUAAAACAGAUUGCUCCGACUACGCUGCCAGUGCGCAUUCGCACUGGUAGCGGAGCUUUCCUGGCCAUGGCUUCGGCUGCUGGAGCCUCGGGCCCGGGGUGGCGAGACGAUGAGAUCGUCGUGGACCGCGAUGGCAUCCCACACUACACUGGGGUUAUGCCAAGCCUCAUGACCGAGUACCGCAGGAGGGUCCUUUUCGCCUAUAACAACCUGGAGGGCUCCGGCGACGACGAAGCCAAAGAGGCAAGAAGCUUGGCCAAGAAGAAGGGCAGGUUCGCGAAGCGCCUGAUGGACGCUUUGCACGGUGAGGCAUGGAAAGUGUGCCAAGACUUGAUGACGAACGAGGACCUCAAGAAGCCCGACGGUUACAAGCUGAUCCUCAAAGAGCUGGCCCAGAUCGAGAAGGUCGGUGUGGUUCGCAAAACAGAGUCUUUUGAGGCUUACUUCGAGCGUUGCCACAGGAAGCGCGGCCAAUCCAUGGACAACUACCUGAGGGUGAGGAAGCAGGCGUGGGACGACCUCAAGGACCUGUCCGACAACCUGAACAUGUCGGAGGACCUCCUUGCCUUCUUUGCCCUUAAGAACGCGGGGUUGUCCAAAGAGGAGCGGCGGCAAAUCUUGCUGGCGAACCAGUCGAGCUACACGAUGGAAGGCAUCGAGCGCGCCCUGAGGAUUUCCUACCAUGACGUUCACGAGCGGGAGCGCGGGCAAGGCCGAGACUGGAGCUCGUCACCGACCAGGCGACCUAAGGGACACGGCAAGAAGGGCUAUGCGCACGUGGCCGGCGAUUCCGAGGAGCCCCCCGAUUACCAGGAGGACUUCCACGACGAGGAAGCGGACGCCGACUACGAGGACGAGGGGCACGCGAACGCCGUUCAGGAGGACGCCUUCGAGGAGGAGCCGUCGGACUUUGGAGCCUCCGGCGACGAGGAGGUGUUCGAGGCUUACGCCUCGUACCGUGAGAGCCGGCAGCGCUUGCGGGAGGUCCAGAAGAACCGGGGGUUCAAGCCAAAGGACCCUGGAGCUUCGAGCGAGGAGCGCAAAGCAGCGGUGGCCAAGGAGAAAGCAAGGACAAGAUGUUCGGUGUGCAAUCGGCUGGGACACUGGGCCGGCGACCGGGAGUGCCCCAAGCGAGCAUCCGGCUCAGGCGGGGGCGGCAAGAACGGUCGCAGCAGCCGGGGCAAAGGCAAGGGCAAGAACAAGGCGUUCUAUGUGGCCGAGAUGCCCAGCUUCUUUAGCAUCGGCGAGGGCGAUGAAGACGACGAGGCCUACUGCAACAUGGUGCUUGGCGAGCCGGCGGCGGACACCGACAGCGACAGCUCCGACAUGGCACAGGACAGUGGCCGCACGGAGUUGGAUAAUAAGCGGAAGGCGGCCGGCGGCUAUGGCUACACGAUGGCCUCUGGGAGCGAAUGGGAGCAGGUGGCACCACCAAUGCCCGGUUCGAGCUCGGCCGUGCGGACAGAGCACCAGCCCGAGCUGCCAGUGAAGCCCCGCAAGGCGAAGGAGAAGGCCCAGAAGGAGAUGGUGCAGAUGGUCGUCACCGUGGACCGGCGGAACAUUGAGGACGUUACCGUCACCAGCCUGGGGGACGUGAGGCCAGCCAGGCUUGAGGAGCUGCGCCUCCGAGAGCUCCAAUGUGAUUGCGACCGCUGGAACAUCAGCCCGAGCGGGUCGAAGGAUGAGGACCUGCCGGGGAGAAGGCCAACGGCCCCUGGCUACGACUUUACCAAGCCCGGCGCCAGCUCGGCCCCACAGACCUCUGAUUUGCGAAGCGGUUCGUUUCGAAGCUACCCGGAACCGCGGCCCGAGAGGCCCAUCUGCCCACGGACGGGGAUCGAGAUUCCGGAGGGCAUGGAGGUUGGGCGGCCGGUUGCCAGCAUUACUUGCGCUGCUUGUGGCGUCCCUAUGGUGCUUCGCCGCCGUCGCGACGGCACCGCCUUCUUCUUUGGAUGCGCUAAUUUCGUCACAGAGCGCAGCUGCAAGUACACGCUGGAAAUGGACCAGGGCUUGGCCAUGGCACGCCAGGGAGACCGACCAGCUUCCUGCCAAAGGUUUGCAAGCCUCUUGAAUUCAGAGACCUAUGAGCCCAAUGAGGAGCAAGAAUUUGCCAAGCCGCGAACUGAGAAUGCAGAGCACGCUUUUGCCGGUGGUACCAAUUUGGACCACCACAACCUCCAAGAUGGAGAAGACGGGCGGCCCAAUGAGGCCCGACUGGCCCUGGUGGACACGGCCUGCACCAGCUGCCUCCACUCACGAGCCUGGAGGAAAGCCUACGAGAAGACACUCCCAGCCGGGAUGGCGUGCAGCGAGACGAACGCCAAGAAGACCUUCCACUUCGCCAAUGGGCAGAGCAGUGAUGGACGGCUGGCUGUGUGGUGCAUACCGAUUUUCAUUGGGGGCUUCAAGGGCCAGAUCUACUCGGCCGAAAUGCUCGAGGGCACAACGCCAAUGUUGCUGUCGAUUCCGGCCAUGGAAGCGCUGGACAUGAUCCUCUUUAUGAAGAAGCGCGAGGCCAAGAUCGAGGCUUUCGGCAUAAGGGUCCCGCUCGUGACGACCAGGACCAAGCACCUAGCCAUGGAGAUUGCCUACCGUGAGGGAAUGCCCAGCCCCGACAGGAAAGGAGAUGGAGCACCGCGGGCCUACUCCGAGAUCGGCGACCUGAUUGCCUACUACACUGAGGAGGCCGGCUUCCCGCUUCUGUGUCAGGAUCCGCCGUUCUCUGCGUGCUUCACCGGUGCCGUGGAAAAGGGAGCCGCCGGCCCCAACUUUGGUCCAAGGGGCGUCCAUGCCAAGGACCGACGGGGGCAGCUUUCGGAAAGGCGAGCUGGAGAACUUCACCGUUCUUGGCGGCGGCAAAGAGCACUGGAAGUGAGAGGCACCGCGGCCUUGCGGGGAAAUUUUUCGAUGGCGGAACAGUGGGCUACGCGUGGCUUCCAGCACACCUUCCUUUUCGAACCUUUCGCAGCCAAGCCCACCUUGACGAAAGCGAUCAGCAGCAAGUUUGCCUGGACCUGUUCCAGCCCUUUGCCACGCCAGGGCGGAGGACAAGGCCUUUUAGCAGCCAGCCGGCGAGCACUGGAGAAUACCAUCAAGGAGCACAAGCCCUACUUGCUGGUGAUCUCGGCGGGCGACUGGUUGUGGGAGCUUGAAGAACAAGGAGAACCAUGGGAGACCCUGGCGACGGUGUGCCAACGGCAACAGCGUGAAGGGAGAUACUACUUGAUCGAGUCUCCCGAGGGCAAGCACCGCCUGGUCGACCAGGCAGUCACGUUGCCACUGGAAGCGGCGCAGGAGUUCGGCGAUAAGUGCCGUUAUGGGGCCCGGCCACCAAACCGGGGAAGGACCAGGUGGGUCACGAACAGCCCCGGCAUCCUCAACCAACUGUGCCGGCAAUGUGGCUGCCCGUUCGGGACACACCGCGGAACCUCAUCUACCAUCACCGCGCCCGCGCAAGAUCCAUGUCAAGGGGAGUGGCCCGAAGCCUUGUGCCGAGCCGUGGGCCUAGGAGUUCGUGGAGAAAUGGUCCUGGACUAUGCCGUCGAGAUGGCAAGGGCCAGGCCCAGUGCCUACCCGGUCGGCGGCCAAGAGAUGGAGGUGGAAAGCGACGACGCCGACAUGGACUGGGAGGAGCCGGAGGAGGACGACUGGCAGGUUAUCGAUGACAACCGGCUGGUUAGGAUCCACAAUCGUCCUCGUCGCCGUCUCUUCGUCCCUUUGUCCCGCACCUCACCGCCAUGCCGUUUCUCGAGAAUACGAUCCGGGAGAAUAACAAGGAUGGUUCUCCAGGACGGCACACGACGGGAACACCGAGACGACUGGGAGGUGGCAAGCUGGAACCACCGAGCCGUGGAGAUGGACUUUCUGUGGACCGGCCAAACAGAGUUCGAGCUCACGAGAGAGAGGGCCACAGAAGAGGAGACGCCACAACAUCCACCACAACCUCGGGAUCCAGAAGGGCCGCCACGUGAGCCAACAGAGGCACAUAUGGAAUCAGCUUUGCCCUACGACUCGGCAGUGUACGACCACCUCAGUGACUAUUCCCCUUCCCUUCCUGGUGAAGGCGCCGGGGCCGGAGGCCGAAUAGAGGCUGACGGCGAUAGGGCCGCAGAAGAGGAGCCACAACAUCAACCACAACCUCGGGAUCCUCGGGCUUUGCGCCGUAGGCAAAGGACACGGCAGUUGCAACGGGGUUUCUGGACGGAGGUCACCCAUGAAGAGACCAUAGACGUGCUAGAGGCAACCCUUGAGCAUGUGCAACAGGUCGGGGGUGGCAACUGGGUCAAGAUCAACCUCGACAGUGACCUUGGCAUCACCUGGAAGGCGUUGGAGAGUGCCGAAGCCGACGUGAGGCUCAUUCUGGCAUCAACCACAGCAAGGCGACUUAAGAAACCACAACCACAUGCCGGCCCGGCCGAGGUGCCUUUGCGGAAGUCUUUCGUUCUGAUGUCCGGGCACGAGGCUUUGAGCACCGAUUUCGAGCAGUGGGGCAGCUUGGCACCGUCAGCCCAGGUCAGGCCACUUUCGGCUCAGGGCCGCCUCCUCUACGUGGCGGUUUUCGGCACCGAGCUGGGCAACGAGCCGGGAGAACUAGAAGGAGACGAUGACCGAGGGCGACGGCGCGAGGAACAACGAGCACGAAAAUGGCAGGCUUUGCCAAGGGAGCUGAAGCUAGCAAUCAAGCGGGUCCACGUCAACUUGGGACACGCUAGCAUGCCAGCGAUGCUGAGGGCGAUGCGAAUCGCCCGGGCUUCCGAGACCGCCGUGAAGGCCUGCCGCCUCUUCCGUUGCCCAGAGUGUCCUAGACUGCAAGAGCCGAAGAGACCCAGACCCAGCAAGCUGCCAAUGACAGACGAGUUCAAUGUGAUGAUCGGCAUGGACAUUUUCCAGGCCAAAGACGCCCAGGGGCAACAGUGGACCUUCCUUAGCGUGCUUUGCCAGGGCACCACCUUCCAAGUGGUGAACCUACUCGGCGACACCUUUGCCAACCCGACCUCGGAGGUGGUCCUGGAGGCGUUGAGCACCUCUUGGUUUGGAUGGGCAGGGUACCCAGAGCGGGGCAUCAUGACGGAUCGUGCCAAGUACUUCCUGGCCGACGUUGCGGAGGACCUGGCCGGGCACGGCUGUUAUGUGGAGGCCGCCUCAAAGGCCGCCCCAUGGCAACUGGGGCAAGUCGAGCGGCACGGGGCGAUUUGGAAGGACACCUUCAAGAAAUUGGUCUGGGACGGACAAGUGGCAGGGCGAGAGGAAGUUUUGCUGGCGACCUCGGCGGCGACACAGGCUAAGAAUUCCCUCAGCAGGCGUGCCGGUUUCUCCCCAACACAAUGGGUUCUGGGGAGAGACAUUCGAUUGCCGGCCAGCCUGGCAGAUGAUGGCGAGGUGGCCCGCAUUGGGGCACAAGCUUUGGCCGACACGCCGGGAACGAAGUUUCAUCGGCGAGCCCAGUUGAGAUUCGCUGCCAGGGAAGCCUUUGCCCGGGCAAGCAACGACGAGGUGCUACGAAGGGCAGAGCUGAGAAAGGUACGGCCCACUCGGGGCCCCUUCCCCAUCGGCACCUACGUGUUCUACUACGACGCGGCAGCAAAGGAGCCCGGGCCUAACUGUUGGAGGGGCGUUGCCCGAGUUGUCGGGAAAGAAGGCUCGCGAACCGUGUGGCUGUCCCACCGGGGCAUCCUCCUGGCGGUGUCACCUGAGCACCUGGCUCUGGCAGAUGACAGCGAGGUCCAGCAGUGGAUGGCUGUGACGGACGAGAUCGAGUUGAUGGACGUUAUCCCGCCCUCUGGCGGUACCGGCUUCAUUGACCUGCGUCGGGCACCUUUGCCGCCAGAGCCCCUGGAGGACCAAGUCGAGGACCCCGGUGGCACGAUGCCAGAAGGAGGCGCACAGGACGCAGCCGAAGGCGGAGGCGAGCAACGAGGAGCACGUCGUGAGGAGCCGGUCGGUGACCUCAGUUCGAGUUCUUUGUCAGCGGCUCGAUCGCGAUGGGAGUCCGAGCGGGACGCAAGUCGGGCACGAAGGUCUUCGGCUUUCUUCCGGGACCAAGACAGAAGGAGGAAACAGAGAAAGGAGGCCAACCAGAGAGCGGAACCGUCAACGCCCGCUCCCCCGGCGCCGGCCCCUCGACCUGAGGAUGUGCCGGCAGGGAGAGAUGACGACAUGGACCUCUUCUCCGAAAUCGACUGGGACCCCGACGUCAAUGACUACCACACGGCCCCGGCCAGGCGGCAGCUUUCUCCAAUGGUGGAAUCCCCGGAGGAGGAAGCAAUGGAGCGAGAGGCAAAGCGGCUGAAGGCCGGUGCGGUCGGGAGCAGCGAGCACAGCAACUACAACGCCGAAGUUUUCGACGCCUACCUUGCGGCAGCCAGCCCAGGCUACUUGAGACAGCGCGCCCUCGACCGCUACUACGAGCACGAGGCCAGUUACAUGAGCCGAGGGGUCAGCGCCGAGGACUUCAUGUUCGGGGUUCGGCGAAAUUCCUUUCAGGAGCGCUAUGAGGCGCUCGCGGCCAGCGCCGGGAAAGCCAACAACGACGGCGGAGGCAAGAAGAAGGGCCGAAAGGAGCUAAAGCUCAGCGAGGUGACCGACGAACAAAGGCAACUUUUCGUUGGAGCCGGCGGUUCCGAUGAGAAGGAGUGGUCGGCCUGGAAGAUGAAGGAGGCUUGUGAAAUACUAAGUGCCUCGGAGAGCCGGCGAAUCAGGAAGGAGAAGCCCGACCUGAUCGUGCCGACAAGAUGGGUGAGAACCAAGGCCGACGGCAUCAUCGGCAAGGAGUUCACCGCGAAAUCCCGGCUGGUGGUGCAGGGCUUCAAGGACAAGUCCCUGGGCUUUUAUCGGCGAGACGCACCCACAGCCUCGGCGAUAGCAGAGAGCGUCUGCUUGGCGGUUUGUGCUUAUCACAAGUUUGUGCUGCUGGCCAAGGACAUAAAGAAUGCCUACUUCUCCGGCAAGAACGUCGGGCGCGAGAUCUACCUGGAGCCUCCAAAGGGCGGCUUGCCAGGAGUUGAAGCCGGGAGGUUGCUUAAGGCAAAGAAGGCCAUCUACGGCUUCGCGGAGGCGGCCCGACUGUUUUGGCUGGCACUUCGAGAACACCUUGAAAGCGACGGGUGGCGAGAGAGCCGUUUGGAGCCAGCACUUUUCUACUUGAGGGUGCAAGGGCGGUUGCUUGGAAUUUUGGUGACCCAUGUCGACGACAUCGAGGGCGGGGUUCACCACAGCGUGUUCGGCACGGCCUUUGCCAAGUCCUCGUUGGCCCUGGAGUUCGCCACCAACCACGUGAAGGAGUUCAUUUUCCGGGGAAGGGAGAUUAAGCAGCACGAGAACGGGCACAUUGACGUGGCAAUGCGAAAUUACGCAAUGAGCAUGAAGGUUGUCAAGGUGGACAACGAAAGGAGAAAGCAGCUACGCGACGAGCUGACCGAGGAGGAGCUCACCACCUUUCAGAGCAGCGCGGGUGAGCUUGGUUGGCUGGCCAGGCAAUUGAGAUGUGACCUGGCAUAUGAGAACGGGGUCGUGCAGAGGAGCAAGACCGACACUUGCGUGGCCGACCUCCUGCUUUUGAAGCAAUUCGUGGGAAUGGCCAGAAGGGGCGCAGACUUCAAGCAGCGCUACUGGUCAGACGUGGAUUUGGCCAAUGGGGCCAUACUUCAUUUGGCCGAUUCCGGCCAUGCCAACGGCACCCCGGACCACAAGGAGGAGAUGCGCUACAAGUCGGUGGGCGGCUACUUUAUCCUCGUGGCCAACCCGGAGGUGUUGGAAGAAGGCGGCACGGCACGUGCCAACAUCCUGUGCUACCACAGCAGCCUCACCAAGCGUGUUUGCAGAAGCACUUUGGCAGCAGAGGCCAGUCAUCUGGCUGAGGCGGUGGAGGCAGGAGACUGGGUGAUAGUGCUCCUGGAGGAGGCUUUGAGCGGUGAGAUAAACCUUGGUGCCUGGCCCGAGAUCAUCGAGAAGAGACGGAGGGCAUACAUCACGGAUGCCCGGUCGGUGUACGACUACCUGGAGAAGGACGCGACCUCUACGUCGAGCGACAAGCGGAUGGCGAUCGAAGGAGCUUUGCUCCGGGAGACGGUCAGGAGGCCAAGGGCGAGUACCCACUGGAUAGAUGGGGCACAGAACAUCGCGAAUGUCCUGACGAAGGCGAAUGCCGAGAAGGACACCCUUCGGGAGUUCCUGCGGACCGGCAUGAUGACCUUUGCGCAGUCGGCUGAGAACGCGGAGAUGAAAGAGAAGAAGCGCCUAGAACGACAGAGGCGGAAAAUCAGCCAGGACUCCGAUGGCCAACGGCGACGACAGCAGUCUCAAGCGAGGCAGCAAGAGGCCGUGGUUAAGGCCAAAGAACUCGAGAUGGAUGCAGAGGACGAGCGGCCAAAGAAAGAAUUACCGGUGUGA